AGCGUGAGACAGCAGAAAACCAAAGCUCACAGACACCCCAAAGGGCAAAGGCACAGUCUUUCUUCUUUUUUCUCAUACCCCAAUAAUCAAGAUUCGAUUUUUAUUUGGAGAAGCGAUGUGGGAGUCGAUCUUUCUGACGUUGGCGGCGACGGCCGGAAACAACAUCGGCAAAAUUCUUCAGAAGAAGGGCACCGUCAUUCUUCCCCCUCUCUCUUUGAAGCUCAAGGUGAUAAGGGCGUAUGCCUUGAACAAAGCUUGGUUGAUAGGAUUUCUGAUGGAUAUAUUUGGAGCCUUGCUCAUGUUGAGAGCAUUGUCUCUUGCUCCUGUAUCUGUCAUCCAACCAGUUUCUGGGUGUGGACUUGCUAUCCUUUCGAUAUUUUCCCAUUUUUAUCUGAAGGAAAUCAUGAAUGCUGUUGACUGGAUGGGGAUUACCUUAGCAGGCAUUGGCACUAUAGGAGUUGGUGCUGGAGGUGAAGAGCAAAAGGCUUCUGCUAUAUCUGUCUUCCAUCUACCAUGGUUGGCAAUUGUGGUCGCCAUCUUGUUUGUACUCCUUAAUGGUUGGUUACGAAUCUACAGACGUCAACGAAAAGAACAGGAGCUGAUGGAAUAUGAAGUUGUUGAAGAAAUUAUAUAUGGCUUGGAAUCUGGCAUUUUGUUCGGAAUGGCAUCUGUAAUAUCAAAGAUGGGCUUUGUGUUCUUGGAGCAGGGUUUCCCCAGCAUAUUAGUUCCUAUAUGCUUGAUAAUCAGCAUAUGUUGUAGCGGUACUGGGUUCUAUUACCAGACUUGGGGUUUAAAGCAUGGGAGGGCGAUUGUAGUCUCUACAUGUGCUGCUGUGGCAUCAAUUGUUACUGGUGUUCUUGCUGGUAUGCUUGCUUUGGGUGAAAGAUUGCCUUCAGCGCCCACAGCUCGUCUUACACUACUGCUUGGAUGGGCAUUUAUAAUUGUUGGGGUGAUUCUACUUGUGAGCUCAACACGGUUGGUGCCUUACCUUCCUCGGUCUAUACGACAUGUUGACAAGAGCUUCAACGUUAGAAAAUCUGGAUCCACCCGUGGUAGGGACUCCAACCCUAGCACUAUUAUCCAGGCAUCAACUUUGCAUCAUUUGAUGCCUGCGUCUUCUAAAGAGAAGGCUUGAUCUGAUGACAGCAGGAAGAUUCUUGUAUAUGCAUAAAAGUUCUUACAUUGAUAGACACGAAUGUACCAUGAAAAAGCAGAUCAUUUUGGUUGGGCAAAGCUGGUGUAUAGUAGAUAGAGUUUGCUCACUAUUUUUAACGGAGGGCAUGACAUUUUUGACAUCAUUCCUUUCCUGGAAAAAAUUUCCACACCGCAAUGUGUUAACAUAUUCAUAUCUGAA